UUAUCUUUUCUAUGAAAUAUCUACAGCUUGCUUAAAGCUGCUAACUUUCUUAUCUUCUGGCCAGAAAUUCACUCCAUAGACAAGAAAGAAGAAGAAGAUGAGCAUCUCAAUCCACACACCAGUUUCUCCCAAAAACCAAUUAGUAUUUUUGAAACCAAAUCAGAAUCCCCUUCUACUGGGUGAUUCUGUUCUUCGAAAACGUGUUUCAUUUGCUAGAAGAAGAUGUACCACAAGGGCUCUGCUUUCAUAUUCCAAAGAUGCAGUCUUGAAAGAAUUUCAUGAGAAAAAAGCACUAAAGAUUAUCGCAGGAUUGCAGAAUCUGGACAAAGAGAAUGUGGCUUCUGUUGUUACUGCUGCAGAUAAGGGAGGAGCAACCCAUAUAGAUAUAGCUUGUGACCCCGAGCUGGUGAAGCUUGCUAUAAGCCUAACUUCCCUUCCGGUUUGUGUUUCUUCUGUGGAUCCCGCAGCAUUUCCAGCUGCUGUGGAAGCAGGAGCUUUAAUGGUCGAGAUCGGAAACUAUGACUCGUUCUAUGAGAAGGGAUUGGUGUUCUCUCCUGAGCAGAUUCUGAACCUAACGAAGGAGACAAAGAGGUUGCUUCCAUCAGUUAUAUUAUCAGUCACUGUGCCUCACACGCUAAGCCUUCCUGAUCAGGUCAAGCUGGCCGAGCAAUUAGAACUGGAAGGUGUUGACAUCAUCCAAACAGAAGGAGGAAAAUGUUCUACUCCAUCAAAAGCUGGUGUCCUCGGAUUAAUCGAGAAGGCAACACCAACACUAGCAGCUGCUUAUUCGAUUUCAAGGGCAGUCAAUAUCCCUGUCAUGUGUUCAUCUGGAUUGAGUGCAGUCACGGCACCAAUGGCAAUCAUAGCUGGAGCUGCUGGCGUGGGCGUUGGCUCAGCCAUCAACAAGCUCAACGAUCAGGUGGCAAUGAUCGCGGAAGUCAAAUCCAUAGCUCAUUCAUUAGGAUUGUCAACCAAGAAACAGAAUUUAGUUGAAGGAAGCAAUUUGAGACUGUAAUCCAAUCUAAUGUAGUAGACUAGUAGGUCAAAACCUGAAGCAGUUAGAAAUUAUUAUGAAAUUAAUAAAGAUUUUCUAGCUUUAGUUUUUCUA